UUGACCACACAUAGAAAGCUGCUUUGCGGUUUGGACUCUUCUGAUUCCACAUGGAACCUUGGCAAAUGCUGCUGCUAGCUUUGAUGGUACUGCCUGCUCGCGCAGAUAUGUACUUGAACAAUCCUCGUGGUUCCAACAACAAGCUGCGUGAACAGAGCAACAACGUGCAAAAUGCCAAUCGUCUGUUUGACUCGCAGAACAAUGCGGCCUCGGGAUAUCAGAUUGGGGACGACUGCAAGCCAGCCUGCAAGGAUGGGAACAACAACUAUGAUGUCACAAAAGAAGGUGCGACGAAGGGUACCAUGAAAUUCUACCAAGGAUCUGAGCUUUACAUUGAAUGGCACCAUCAGCAUGGCUGUGGAGUCGGUCAUCCAAAUGUGAAAUGUCAAAUUAUCCUGCAGUACAUGAGCGAAAGUGACAAUGUCAACCUCCGCGAUGGCACAGGACAAGACAGUGCUGGUGGAGAUGACAACGACCCUACUGAAGCUGGAACAGCUGAACCGGCGCGGGGCUAUCACGAGCCUUUGGAAUUCUACGAGGCAUGUGCUCAGCGCCAGCGCAAUGAGGGCCUCUACACCGCUGAUCAGAAUUUGGAGAGCAACGGAGGGGCCACCUCAACCCGGCAAAACCCCAACGGCAACGGCCGGCGCCGCGGACAGCAGCGGCAUGGCUUGGAGUGUCCCGAGGAACGGGAUUACUAUCCAUACUGGCAUCCCUCUGUUUGGCACGACAUUGCUAUUCUGACUGAUGAGCCAGAGACGCGAUGUGCUUAUUAUCAGAUGGAGUCGCAGAAUGUUAAGGCCAAACACAUUUGCUCCAUCCCAGCCCACAACAACCGUGACGCUUGCGAAAGCAACGAUGGAGAGUGGCAAGAAGUCGCCCCCUUCAACGAGCCGGCACCGGAGUGUUUGGGCGGCAUCCAAAGCCGCGACAAUCACAAUGGCAACGUGCGCAAUGGUCAACCCUACUACUAUUUGUGGCAGAUUCCAUUUUACCUCAAAGGCCGCACGGUGAUCCGCAUUCGUUACAACAUCACCACCGGUGACUUUCAGUAUGGUUCCCUGGCACACCCCAUAGAGGAGGACGCAGAGCUUUCAGGAGAGAAGGCAGAUGCUUUCUUCAUGGACAAGCGCUUCAAUGAUCCCAAUCCCAACAAUCGUCGUCGCAGUAUCUUCAAGGGUCGCCCUGAAGUGCCAUUGCCUUUGGCGCAAGAUCCUGUGGCAGAUUGGGUGGACCUGGGCGAAGAUCGUCUCCUCCAACUACAAGUGAACACCAACCAGUUUGGCCGAACCUUUGAGGAUCGAACGCACAGCUUUAUGGUGAUGGAAAGGCCGACAGAUGUACCAGCGGGACAGCGCAUUGUGAAUUACAAUGUCCGUGGCCGGCGUGGCAACAUCGUCCAGGUCUAUCCCUCGGUGGAGUAUGACUUCGUCCCUUCAGAGCUGUCGGUGGAACAGGGCACCAUGCUGCACUUCCAGUGGACCGGCUCAGAUGCAAACCCCAAUGGCAAUGCAGGCAACGGGCGAGCGGGCACAGACCGCUCAAACUUGGUUCAGCUACAAAACCGCCAAGAGACAGUGCCACUGCCAAUGGACAAGCACACCCUCUUCUUCAAUGCUCAAGCCAACCCCAAUGAUGAGGAGGGGAAGCGCCUGGUGACGAAGUUUGCCUAUCUGGACCAAGACAGUAUAGUAACUUGUGACCCUGAGACCAACGACCAAAACUCAGAGACAAACUGCAAGCAGUUGAACGGCGCUUCGGCCUAUUUUGAUGGAGGCCUGGUGGAAAUGAAGCAAGUGGGCGAGCACUACGUGGCCAGCACCCGCAACAACGAUUUCAGCAACAGGUCCCAUAAGGCGGUCAUCAUCGUCACAGGAGUCAUCUUGGAGCACUAUGAAAGCCUCCUCAUUGGCUUAGGCGUUGCUGUGGGAGUUUUGAUCAUCCUCUACAUCCUGGGGGCUUGUUGGGCUUAUAGGUAUCCCAGCAGCUGGCUAUUUUCCACCCGCUACCGACCUCGUAUUCUUCGAUGGGUCCUCAAAGAGGAGAAGAUGCUUCAACUCAUCGAGCAACGUCGUCAGAUCAAGGCACAGCAGAGGAAGGCAUGGGCCAAGAAGGCUGGAGCUUACGUGCAGGACGAAGAGGGCGGCGAUCAGGCUACCGACUUGUCGAUCCCAGAUGAAAAGGUGAGCUGGUUCCAGAGCUUCAACCGUACUUGCCGUCGGUGUGGCCUUGGAGAGCAGCGGCUGACCACCCUGAUGUACGGCCUCCUGAACAUUCUUGUUUUCGCCAUUGGCUUUCUAUCCAACCUCAACGGAGGCUUCAUGGGCUCCUGGGCCUACCCAUUUGCCAAGGGCGGUGGCUACAGCAUGGAUUUGAACUUUGCAAUGCUGGUGCUGCCCACGCUCAAAAGCUUACAAACAGCUACCAGGCGAAUGGGCUCGUCUCGCGAAUGGAUUCCAACUGACGAUCCAAUCAAUUUCCACAUGGUCAUUGCAGGCUUCACCUUUAUUGGUGCUUUCAUCCACAUCAUCGCUCAUUGUGUUCAUAUCUACGAAAUUCAGGCAGCACCAAAGAUGCAGCAGGAUCCACUGCAGCUGUGGAAGCUGACGGACGGAGAGCGAGCCAGUGGCAUGACCUUCUGGUUGCAGUUGGUGAAUCUGCAAAACCGCUGUGCUAUUCUAUCUGGACUCAUCCUGACCGUUCUGAUGGCCGCCAUCCUGCUUACGGCGAUGUCUUGUGUUCGCCGUGGCACCAAUGCUGUCACACGCCGCUUGGGCGGCUUCAAUCUGUUCUGGAGAGUUCACAUGUCUUGGAAGUUCAUCUAUAUUCUGCUUCUGCUUCAUGCUCCUGCCAGGCUGUGGAUUUGGUUCUUCUUCCCAGCCAUCUUCAUCUUCGUGGAUCGCAUGCUACUCUCCACCCAUCAAGAAAUGUACCUUUCGUUGAAACACGUGAAGCUCCUUCCAAGAGAUGUGAUUAAUUUGACCUUUGACAUCCCGCAGGGCUUUGUAUACCAGGCAGGGCAAUACAUUAUGCUCGGCUGGAAGGGUGAAUUUCAUCCCUUCACUUUGACUUCUGCCCCAGAGGAGAAUUGCAUUUCAGUUCACAUCCGAGCUCCCAACAAUCUUGACUGGUGUUCAGCGCUGCGGAAACGCUUGACAGAACAGGCUGUUGCAGAGGCAACUGGAGAGAGGCCUCCCGAGAAGCCGCCCAAGGCACCAAAGAUAUUUGACUAUGUGAAGAAAACGCUGCCAAAUAGUCACAUUGUUUUCAACGUGCCCCAGGAGAGCUAUUUGCCCGGUGGCCGCGGACAGCUUGAUGCCUCCGUGCCGUCAGAAAAGGUUCCUCCGUUGCCAGGGCAAGUGUCUCCACCAGCCUUGCCACAUGGGGCUUCAGAGAGCAAACCCAGGCUGAAGGAAGGCUUUGCAAAGGACCCAGCUUCUCAAUCAGGCCAGAGCCUGAUGAGUGACGCGGCAAUGACCAUGCUGCCACCUGAGGCUGUGGUCUUGCAAGUCACGGGACCUUUCGGCGCUCCAGCGCAAAAGGUUUGGGGCUUUGAGACGCUCAUGGUGGUGGGUGCAGGUAUUGGAGUGACACCCUUCGCCUCCAUUUUGCGCUCGGUGCAGCUACGCGCCAAGCAACGAGAGAGUCUUCUGAAGCGGAAGGGCUCGGAUGAUACAUCUCUCGAGAAGAUGGUGGAUGUCUUGAUCCAGGUCCCCAAAAAGAUUUACUUCUACUGGAUCUGCCGAGGGCAGGAAGAAUUUGACUGGUUCUGCGACCUACUCUCAGCGGCUGCAGAGGGACCAGCAGCAGGUAUUGUUGAGAUCACUCUCUUCCUAACCGGUGAGGUGGAGUUAUCGCAGGUCAAGAAACUCCCCUGUGCCUCGGGACAAUUCUUUGGACGUCCCAACUGGGCUCGUAUCUUCAAGCAGAACAGAGAAAAACAUGCUGGCCAACACAUCGGCGUCUUCCUGUGUGGUUCACCGGUGAUUGGCAAAGAGCUGUCAAAGCAAAGUCAUCUGAAUUCAGACCUGGUGGGCACUCCGGGUGCGACUCGCUUUUCCUUUUUCAAGGACGGGAUUGAUCGCCAUUCAAAGCAUUGGACUGACGAGAGCUACAAACGUCAACCACAACUAACCUUGUGA